UCCGGGGCGACGGCGAUUUGUGUAAGGAAAACUUAGAGCUGAGCCGCGUGGGAAAUGAGCCACCGGAGGAGAAAAGAAGGGACACCGGUACAGGAUGGAGGGAGAGCUGGGACAAUGAAACAGAUCCCACUGGUUUUUGUUGACGCUUGCUUGCUAUGGCCGUUCUUCGAUAGGCGAACCGGAAGAGAGGGAGGUGUUUAUCUCUGGAGAUGUGAUCUGGGUCUCCUUAACAUCUUGCCUUCUGCACACUUCGUAUCCAGUUUUGGUGUAAGGAAACUAAGAACCAAUGAUGUGUGAGAGGUCUGGAAUAUUUCACUUCAGACUAGACAACUUUGGAGACUCUAUGUUAGAUAGAAUGAAUACAUUACGACAGCAAAAUAAAUUCUGUGAUGUAACAGUGCACAUAGAUAACGUGGAUGUUUCUGGACACAAAGUAGUAUUUGCUGCUGGUUCCCCAUAUUUGAGGGACCAGUUCUUGCUUAGCGAUUCACAAGAGGUGCACAUCUCCAUUCUGCAGAAUUCUCAAGCUGGCAAACAACUCCUCCUUUCAUGCUAUACUGGUGUUUUGGAAUUUCCUGAAAUGGAACUUGUCAAUUACUUAACUGCAGCUAGUUUCCUGCAGAUGAGUCACGUGGUGGAAAGAUGCACACAGGAGCUGUGGAAAUUCAUCAAACCCAGACAAACUUCAGAGACCAAGGAUGAGAAAAAGGAGAGCAAUGGAUCACAGGAUGUCAUACAGCAAGAGGAGCAUAUCAAUGAUGCCCUACAACCAGAUUCUCCAGUUGUUGAUCAUUCUGAAGACAGCAUGGACACUGAUGAAAUUCAGAUUGUCAAAAUAGAGUCUGUCGGAGAGGUAUCCAGUGAGAAAACCAAAGUUCGCCAAAGUCAGUUUACACCAUCUGAACAGACAGUCUUACACUCGCUGGAGCCCCAACACUCUUUGAUCAAUUCCACUGUAGAAAGCAGAGCUGGAGAGACAGACGGCAAUCCUUUGCACACCUAUUAUGUGUCUGAUAAUAGUAGUGAUAACAUGGGGCCUUCUGCAAAAGACCUUUUUGGACCCAGUAACCGGAUCAUGGACAAAACUCUGCAAUGGCAUCACCAGUGCCCAAAGUGCACCAGAGUAUUCAGGCAUUUGGAAAAUUAUGCCAAUCAUUUAAAAAUGCAUAAGCUGUUUAUGUGUUUGCUUUGUGGUAAAACAUUUACUCAGAAGGGUAACUUACACAGGCACAUGCGUGUGCAUGCAGGCAUUAAACCAUUUCAGUGCAAGAUAUGUGGGAAAACCUUCUCACAGAAGUGCUCCUUGCAGGACCAUCUUAACCUUCACAGUGGUGAUAAACCUCAUAAAUGUAACUACUGUGACAUGGUCUUUGCACAUAAGCCUGUAUUGAGGAAACACUUAAAACAACUACAUGGUAAAAACAGUUUUGACAAUGCCCAUGAAAGAAACAGCCAAGACAUCAGUCUGGACUUUGAUGCAUUCUCCAGCCCGCAUGAAGCUAAUGACAUAUCACAGAGUUUACACAAAUGAAAUUCAUUUUUUGUAGGUUCCAAUUUUUUUCACGUUUAAAUGUGAAUUUCUGCAAACACUGAAAUAUUACUUUCAAUGCUGUCUUCAAGAUCAUUUUAUAAACAUGUUAAAUAGAAGGGGUCCCAGAACAGACCCCUGUGGGACACCAC